UUUAAAGUUUGGUUUAAUUAAAACUUCAUCAGAAUAACAAGCGAGAGUAGCGGAUUCUCCCGGCGGGGUUGCUGAAGUCUACGAAGGGCGCCCGAUCGCUGGCUUUUCCUUCCUCUUUACAAAACGGUGAAAUAAUGCGGUUGUACACUUUACCUCCGGUCCAACGUUAGCAUCGGACGGUAAACAACGAGGUACCCAGAGGAAGGACACUGCGUGUGGACACGUUACCUAAAGCCUGUUGUCUACAAAUUAACACAUUUCUGAGAUGAGAAACUGUAGUCGGUCGAUCCCUAUAUCACUCCCAGUAUCGGAUGUUAUAAUUUGUUAAAGGAGAAAAUGACCUUUUUACAUUUUGCCUAUUCCCAUCACGGUAAAUGAGGCAGGACCCUACAGCUGUCAAAUAUUCAGCAUAACAUUCUGAAUUAUGUGAUGCGUUUUUAAGCUUCGGUAAACCAUCCUCAAACAAGCAAAGAUAGGCUUCUCGAAAAGGGAAUAGGUGUUAUGGAUAGCCCGGUUAUUACGAUCGGUACUAGUGCCUGCUUGUGGAAACGGUAUGGUGCAUGGAUAGUCCGGUGCGUAGCGAGGCCGCGUCUCAGCCUAUCAGAUAUACCCAUGGCAAAUUGCCAAAUGUCUUAAAAUUAUCCUAUGAAUCUUUGCAAUAUUUCAAAAUCGAUGUACCGUUUUUGAAUACUUGUUAAAUGGGAUCUCCGAAGACCCUCCAGCCGGGGACAGGCCCCAAGACACGUGGACAGGGACAGCAGUAGAUUUUGUUUAAGUUCUGCAUUCCAGUUCCCCUGCCAUGUUUAUGUUACCCGUUAUGAAACGUUGUCAUUCACCCGGUCCUUCUGGACGGAACUUGCCACCCAACCAACCAACAUGGCCGCGAGGUUAAGAAAUCCGUGUUUUUUCUUGCACCUUGGUAAAAAAAUGCAACAUUUCGUAGUUGGUCCUAUAGUUAAACUGAGAUAAUAAUAAUAAUAAUAUUAAAAAAUAUGUAUUUUACACAUCUAUAUCUCUAUAUAGAUAGAUAGAUAUAAAGAUCGAUCGAUUUAGACACACGCAGGCAUAUAUAUAUAUAUAUAAAUAUAAACUAAAGGCGUGAAUUUGAUGAACGCGUGAUGAUUAUGAAUAUCAUUUGAUGAAGGCAUGUUUACGUCGCUGCCGUUGUGACGUCACUGCUAGUUUACGCUCGAGCGCAGACAUCUCAGCGGCUUUCAAAGCAUUAUCGGUUGGUUGAGGUAGAGACGUAGCCCGCUUUAUGGAUGACCUUCUUGUGUGUUGUUGUGCACUGACAGCGUCCCCGGUAACGAGCCGGAGGGUCCAGGGGGGUUGUGUCGAGGAACAAUGGCUCCAGGGGAAUACAAAUGGUAUUUUGUAUAGGAGCAUCCCUAUAGCGGGAUCCCCUUUUUCCAGCACCGUGGCAAUAUAAAGCCAUUUUUCAAUUGUCAACUGUGUUAACCAUGGAGACUACUGAGGUCACGUUGGCUGUGAGAGGAGAGACGGCUCCGGGUGAGGUCAUUGCAGUGGUUGGUAGUUGUGAAGCCCUGGGAAGUUGGUGCCAUAAAAGAGCAAUACCAUUACAGCUUAAUGUUGGCAAUGAUGGCACUUUCUGGAGUAGGACCAUCACACUACCUAGGGGACUUGAAUUCAAGUAUCGCUAUUUCCAAGGGUUCUUCCUUGAGUCAAAGAAUGCAGGGGGCUCCUGCCAAGUGAUCGUCAAUAAGUGGGAGACCCAUCAGCGGCCCCGCACCAUGACCCCGACAGAGUCUCACAUGAACCCCGACGAUGGCCAAUUUGGUACUCACGGUGGGGUGGCCUGUGUGGACUCGGGCUGGCUGACGUGCCAGACGGAGGUGCGUCUGCGUCUCCACCACUCCAGGAGUGCUCCCGUGUCCAUCACCAAGAAGAAAUUCAAGAAGUCCCGCUUUAGGAUCAAGCUGAACUUGGUGGGCUACGAGGAGGAGGGCGAGGAGGAGGAAGAGUCGGUGGAGGAGGACCAGCUCUCCCCCGACACCAUCUCCCUGCACACGACCAACACCACCACCCUGGAGAUCAGCAUGAUCAGCAGCGACGGCUACAAGUCCCGCCACUCGCAGCCCGACUGCGGCUACCCGCUGGACCCCUCGCGGUGGACCGAGUACACCAUCAAGACCAUGGACCCCGACAACCUGGAGCUCACCUUCGAGUUCUUUGAGGAGGACAUGGGCGAGCACGUGGUGCAGGGAGACCCCCAGCCGGGGCACGUGGGCACCGCCUGCCUCCUCUCCUCCUCCUUCGUGGAGAACGGGAAGGACUCGGGCGUGGCCACGCUGCCCAUCAUGGGCCGUAACUCCAGGCUGACCAUCGGGAAGGUCAGAGUGGACUACUUGGUGAUCCGGCCCAUCCCAGGCCUGCACUGCGACAUGAACGCGUCCUUCACCCGAUACUGGAGAAAGAGGAGUGCUCUGGACGUGGGCCACCGGGGAGCCGGGAGCACACAGGCUGCCAAGCAUCACAAAGUGCAAGAGAACACAAUCGCCUCAUUCAAAAGCGCAGCCAAUCACGGUGCGGCUUAUGUGGAGUUUGACGUCCACCUCUCCAGGGACUCUGUGCCGAUCGUGUACCACGACCUGACCUGCUGCAUCUCAACCAAGAAGAAGGACAAGAAGUCCCUGGAGUUGAUCGAGGUGCCAGUAAAAGACCUGACCUUUGACCAGCUGCAGCUCCUCAAGCUGGCCCAUGCCACAGCCAUUAAAUCGAAUGAUCUCAAAGAUAUGCUGGAUGAUGAAGACGAGGUGGAUGAUCAACAGCCGUUCCCCUCGCUCUCCCAGAUAUUCCAGGCAGUUCCUGAGAACGUUGGCUUCAACAUUGAACUGAAGUGGAUCUGCCAGUCCAAGGACGGCUCGUGGGACGGUAACCUGUCGACGUACUUCAACAUGAACACGUUCCUGGACAUCAUCCUGACCUGCGUGCUGCAGAUGGCUGGCCAGCGACGCAUCGUGUUCUCCUGCUUCGACCCAGACGUGUGCUCCAUGGUCCGCCAGAAGCAGAACAAGUACCCCAUCCUCUUCCUCACACAGGGCAUCUCCGACAUCUACCCCGCCCUCAUGGACAUCCGCUGUCAGAGCACCCAGGUCGCCAUGAGCUUCGCCCAGAGCGAGAACAUCCUGGGAAUCAGCGCCCACGCUGAGGAGCUCCUGAAGAGCCCCGGCUUCAUCCAGGAGGCCCAGACCAAAGGCCUGGUGGUGUUCUGCUGGGGAGAGGAUAACAACAACCACGACAACCGCAAUAUCCUCAGGGAGCAGGGCAUCAACGGCCUCAUCUACGACCGGAUCUGCGAGGACCUAGGAGAGCAACCCAACGUCUUCAAGGUAGAGGAGCAGCACUCCCUGCGGGAGGUGAUCUCUGACGAGGCGCGGAUGAACUGCCCCUGCUCCCCGUACACCAUCCCCUGCUCGGCGGCCGACCCCUGUGGCGCCGCCGCCACCGAGACCAACGGCGGCGGCAGUGUGGAGUCCGACUCGGGCCUCAGCUCGUCCUGAGCCCUCCCCAUUGGCUGGAAUCGACGGUGGGUCGAUCGAGCCAUCCCCAUUGGCUGGGGCCGACGGUGGGUCGGUCGCCGAAUACAAGCCGAUUGGUAAAGACACUUGUUUUCACGCUGCUCACUUCUCUCAGUUUGUGUGUCGAUACUCUUGUGACCCGUCCACCUCUCCGUCUUCACCUUUUUGAAGUCUUUUUAAUCAGGAGGGAAGAAUUUUGCCAAACACGUCCUAAAGGUUGUGUGAACAUCAUUUGUGUAUGAUUCUUUUAUGUGUCGAUUUUUGAGGUGUGAGGAUAGUUGCCAUGGUAUGCUACCUCCGUUGCCAUAGAUAACAUAAAGUUGACCAAAGAACGCCUUUCAUGGUUAACUUUGCAUUGGUUUAUAGAAAUUGUAGCUGUACCAGGUGUAGGACUGAAACAGAACAGAAACUGUCCCAAAACCUAACAUGUGGUUGAUUAUCAAAUAACUGCCUACAUAAGCAAGGCUUUCCCUCUAACCCGUUUUACCCCCAUUACGUUGGAUUUUAUUGUUAUUGGUAUGACUGAAGACACCGGAGCUUAGUGAUUCAGGGUAAUAUUCAGCUCCUACGCAGGGAUGCACCAUAUUAUGCUUUAUUUUGUGUACCUUUUGUGUUCAUAUUCUGCCCUGGCUGAAUGCUUAUAAUUUCAGCGGGCGACUACAUACUCAUCAUUGAUCAACAUAUUGAAGGCGUAUUAUCAAGAGUAUUCUAUGUAUUCAAUGCGUCAGCAACUACCUUUUCUUUGACGUUGAUGGAUGUGUCAUUAAUGUAUGUAUAUACUGCUUGUCUUGCCUCUCAAUCUGCCUACUCCCUGGAUCUUUAUUGUAUGUCGAUCCAGCUAGUACUCCAAAUAAUUUCACAACAUUGCCUCUUACCACUGGAAACACUUGCAAAUACUUUGCACUUUCAGAUUUAAUUUCAGUCCCGAUGGCUCUAUGUGAUACAUACGUGCAUGUUAAAAUCUUUCGUUGAGAUCUGACAAAGGAAAAAGACAAAUCAUGUAAUAUGUAUUUUAAGAUCUCGAAAGGAAUUUUAGCUUUCGCAUGCUCUGCACAUGAGACGUUUUGGAUUGAUAUCUGGACCCAUACUCUUUUUGUCUCUGGGAAACAUUUAAAAGGGCAUGUGGUAAAAGUCAAGUAAUAAAUAAAAUUGAUUCUGACAUGAACGUGAAUGAAAUCGCUGGUC